GCGUCAGACCUCCUCCUCUUCUGUCCUCUCCUCUCCUCCCUCCAUCCCACGGACGAGUGUUUUCAGCCUCUCAAGUUGUGCCCAGACGCACACACACACACACAAGCUUUUACAUACUUACACAGCACAGCAAGAGGAGGACAGUCGGAGGAUAGACUGAGGGAGGAAGGAAAAGAGAGCAGACGGAGCUGCUGCCGGGCGAGCGGAAUUUGGAUUUUAUUUAAACCUUUAAACCGAGCCUUAAGUGACAGAGUUUUCUUGGGUUGUGUUCUUGCAAACCCGCCAAUGAAGUGGACUUUAAUUCGUUUGGAGGAGCUCUUCGUCCACUCUGCUGGUCAACUUAAACUUUUAAAGAAAGAAAAGUGUGAAACAUUGAGGCUUCCUCAGCUUUAGCUGUCCCGUUUUGAUAAAUAAAGCAGAGGAGCGCACCGGUGGAAAAAAGCUCUCCACGGGGGGAAACGGGUUCAUUCCUCGGCUCUGGCUUGAAGGAGACGCACCGCAGACUUUUUUGGAGGGAGGAGGAUUAAAAAAGAAGCCAGCCAGCACCGGAAUUGCCGAUCGGGGGUUUCUUUUUUAUUGCUGACUCAAGAAGGAUUUAUAGUUUACUCCAAACCUCAUCUGCGCGUUGUCUUAGGUCAGGCACAACGGGAGCGCAGUUUGGUCAAUUUGAGAUUAUUGAUAGCACCGAUGCGGUAGUAAGAGAGAAGAGAGAUAAAAAAUUGAAAGAUCCCCUUUCGUCCGUCCUGUGAACAGUCCCGGAGUGUUUUUUGUUUUUUUUACCGACAGAAGGGAUGGGGACGCCGUGGGGAAGGGGAGACGCGCCGGUGUGUUGUUGCCUCUGGAAGACGGUGAUUCUUCUUUUCCUGUCGAAAGUGUCUGACAGCCAAGCAGGAGCAGCCGGAGUUGGACCAGGAGGAGGGCCGGACUCCUCCCAGCCUCGUUUCUCCUCUUCCCUCCCCACCUACCUACCCGUCCAAUGCCAGCUAAGUGGCGCUGACUCUGUGUUCUUUCUUCGGGAAGCCAAUCAGGAGGUUAUGCGAAAUGGCAGCCUGUCAUCGCGGACUGAGCCCUUCUUCCUUCACCAGCUAGAACCAGGAGUCGCCGCCCCACAAUCCCUGCCGACCGUCAACUGCAGCUACGGAAACCAGAGCAUUGAGCAACCUAUCCCAGUGGACCUGCUUCAGGGUCCACCGCCACAUCUGCUGCUCACAACCAACCAGGUGACUCUGAACUGGAAGGUCAAAGGUCAAGUGGUGGUGCCCAAAGUGGGGUCAACACGGCCCUGGAUACAGGUACUGUUUUACCUGGUAGGGCGACGUUGGGAUGAGCCUGACCCGCCUCCUCCAGCCCUCCUCCCAUGUAUCAGAGCUGUGGCCCUUCGUGACACCAGUGAAGCAGCACCCUCGGCGGGCUGCCGACUUGUGGGGCCAUCUGGCAUCUGUGUUGUCCGUCUGGAGAUUCCCCCAGCUUGGUUUACACCACCACAAGUGAGAAAAAGACCUCCUGAAGUGACUCUACCGUCAGUGGAUGUGUAUUACUCAAUUAUACCAGUGGAAGGGGCUGGUCAAGAGUGUCCCUCCAUUGUUAACGAGCCAUGGAGAGGUCAGAGUGCAAAUGGGCCUCUUGGAGGCCUUGGUAUGGGCCAGUGGAGCCCCCUAGUGGAUGGGGGUCUUCAGGACAUGCUGAAAGCUGGUUCUGUGGUAAUGACUAUGGGCCCGGUUUCUACCAAAGGAGAAAGAUUGAGACUGGAUGAAAAUGUGGAGGUUCUGGUGCCACCCAGCCCUGUUCGCCUUGGCAAGACUGUGGCGUUUGGUGUCUACAUGAAGACAGAUUCAAACACGGAACAGUUUACGUUGAGGGUGUGGUUCCAGUCAGGCAUCAACUUCCUGGCUGUAAAACCCAGCAACCUCGUCGCGUGGGAGAUCAAACAGGAAAUGGCACCGGGAAGCAGUUCAUUGGCGGUGAUGUGUCAGAGAAAGGCCUACUCCACAGCAGAGAGAUUGGAAAGUCCAUCAUAUGAGGUCAUGCAGCUGGACUUUGAGGUGGAUAACCUGAUCAAUCUGGUGCCAACCCAGACUCUGCACUGGAAUGUCGAGUACCCUGCUGGAAUGCAGACAAGUUCCAGGCAAACAGAGAAAGUCUCGCACCUCUACAUCAGCAAUGCCGACAUACAGGGAAUCGUACCGCUGGCUGAGGACACAGAGGUGGUGAACACAGCAAUUCUUACAGGUCGGCGCGUCGCAGUGCCCAUCAAACUAGUUACCGUGGAAACCGAUGGGCAGGUGAGGGAAGUGGAUGACUUUGUCACCUGCAGCUCGACAGACGUUGACGUGGUCAAGGUGUCCCCAAACUGUGACCAGGUUUUGCUGAAUGGUAAAGAAAUGUGCGGUCGGCAGUCUUUGGCAAUCAACUUCACCUACCUGCACCUUUCUGCUCAGCUGCAGCUCACUGUCUGGGUGCCAAAGCUACCUCUGCAGAUAGAUGUGUCAGAUACUGAGCUGAGCCAGGUUAAAGGCUGGAGGGUACCGAUCAUCACUAACAAGAGACCUACAAGAGACAGUGAAGAUGAUGAGGAUGAUGAGAGGAAGGGCAAAGGCUGCACCUUACAGUACCAGCAUGCUUUGGUGCGGGUCCACACCCAUUUUGUUGCAGAACCCUCUGACCCAGGAGGAGAAAUGGUCUACAUGUUAGGUGCGGACUGGCAAGCUGAUAUCACCCAUUUGGUCUUAGACCAGCUUAAGGUAGAAGAUCCUCAAAUUGCCAGACUGAUAGACGGACAAAUCUUGAUCGGGCGGGAGCGGGGGCAUACCACUAUACAGGUUCUGUCCCCGCUAUAUGACUCUAUCCUGGCAGAGAAGACUGUGACUGUGUUGGAUGACAAGGUCACUAUCACGGACCUGGGAGUCCAGCUGAUUGCAUCUCUGUCCCUCAGUAUGACAGCAAGUCCUGGGAAUUACCAGGCGAUACAACUAACAACUACAGCUACAGACCUGCUACACACACCUAAACAGGAAGCAGUGAUUAGUGCAUGGAUCCAGUACAGUGACGGUUCAGUGACACCACUUGAUGUUUAUGAUCCCAAGGAUUUCCUCCUGUCGGCUGUGUCAUUGGAUGAGAGUGUCAUCUCCGUAAACAAUCAGGAGCAACACUGGCCCAUUGUAGUGGCAGAGGGUGACGGACAGGGAGCCCUGGUUCGUGUAGAGAUGGUCAUCUCCGAGACCUGCCAGAAAUCCAAAAGGAAGAGUGUGCUAGCAUCUGGAGUUGGCAAUGUGAUGGUGAAGUUUGGAGCAAAGAGUGAGGAAAGAGGUGUUAUGGGAAGAGGUGGACAGAACGCUGGAGGAGGGAUGGACAACAGCACCAGCGAGCAUCGAACAAAGGAUGGAGGAGAGUGGAAGUCCAACAGUGCAGCAUUGGAUCGAGAGGAAGGAGCCAUGAGGAAGGUUAGCACAACGACCAAGAGCACAGUAACCCAUCGUGCUUUAGGUGGUAAAGCUGCUAAUGGAGGCAGCAGCAGCAGUCGGGGUGGAGGCCCCAGCCAAGCAGGGGACUACAAUAACUACCCAGCACAAGUCGAGAUACCAGGCACUGGGGAUAGUGAGCUGACCCAGACCACCAGGGGACUGUCGGACCUGGAGAUUGGAAUGUAUGCCCUUUUGGGUGUAUUCUGCCUGGCAAUACUAGUCUUCCUCAUCAACUGUGUGAGCUUUGCUUUCAGAUACCGUCACAAGCAGGUGCCCGUGCUGGAAGCAGGAGGCAACAUGAAUCACGCCCAUGACUGGGUGUGGCUUGGCAAUGAGGCGGACCUUUUAGCUGACCACUCUGACCAAUGCCAGGGCGGGCUGCCUGAUGAGUGCACCACCAUCAUUGACCGGAAUGAAGGAGGAUAUGAGGAGAACAAGUACCUGCUAAAUGGGGCUGGUAACACCAUGGUGAUGGGCAUGGGCACAGGUGGACACCGAGGCGUCACCCAUGGACAAACCCUGCCCAGAUCUGUUCCAGAACCACACCAGUGCCUUUCAGCAAUCACUAGUGGUGGCAAGACUGCCACUGGUCAAGUGGAGCAUCUGAAUAAUUCCCCCCGAGCCACGGCUGCAGCUGCAGUUGCAGCCGCCAAGCGCAAACGCGUCCAGUUCACAUCUUUUGCCACUGUGCUGCCCAAUGAUAAUUCAGGUGGGGGUGGCCCAUACACCAAUUCUUCAGUCCUGGUGACCAAUGGGAGUGAGGAUGACAUCAAGUGGGUGUGCCAGGAUAUGGACCUGGGUCAGUCUGAAAUCAGAACCUACAUGGAGAGGCUACAAGACAAUCUGUGACUGAUGGGAAAGGGACUGAGAAAUGGAGGGGCAGAGGAUGAGUACAGGAGGAGGAGGAUGGACAAUGAGUACAAUUCACCUGUAAUGCCUUUGCAAUGGAUGAUGGGAGGGGGAAUGGAAGGAAUAUGAGAACAGUAAAGAGAACGCGACAGUGAGGCGAAGAUUACUGAACAGACAGUGUAGGGGAUGCUCCCCUUAGGCUAUGGAAAGCAUACUGUCAUCACUAGCUCGCACUGAAAUCAAUGGUAGCAAACAAUAAAUAACAUUUUAUUUCAGUUUAUCUUACUUAUUGUAAAAAAUAUUAUGUACAAAUCAAUAAUAAAGUCACUAUUGGUUUGAAUGUUCAUUUAUUCAUUCAAUAGCAGUAAACCAUUGCGAUAUACAGUAAAUUCAGGGUAUGAUAUUGGACAAACAUAAUUAAGCCACUAUACAUUUUUAAAUGAGGAUGGCAAGAACGUCUUUUCUGAAGUAUUUUUUUACUCAUGUGGUAUAUUGCCAGCACUGGCUGUGGCUGUUAACUGAUUAUUGCUAUAUCUAAUUUUAAUAUAUAAACCUGUCAUUCACCUGCCAAGUUUGCUGAAUGGUUGAAUAAUAAUCACUGAUUAUGAUUACGGAAGAAUAGGUUCGCAUUAAAGAUACAAUCUGUUUUUGUUCCAUCAUGUGACCAAUUUGCUUUUGGAAUUGCUCAUAAGUAAAAUAUAACAUGUAAUAUAUAUAUAUAUAUAUAUAUAUUCCAAGUACUCAAUUAUAAAUUCAGAUAGCAGUGGGAGUUGCCAUUCAGCACUGAACACAGGCUAUCUUGCUCUUUCCUCAAACAACAGAAUGUGUCAAGAGUUGGAAAAUGUUGAUUGUGAUGAUGAAAAGACUGUUCCCUUGGAUCCAAGACAGAGGCAUUCAAACUUGCACAAUUACAAACAGGAAAGGACAUUAGCCGUAUUUGAGGCUUACUUCCUGUUUCCUGAAACCUUCCAGCCAAUGACAGCUUUCUCCCUGUAUUCAGAACCAAUCCUGUCAUCCCCUUGCCCCUCUUCUUGUCAGUGAUUGGACAGCAGUAGACACUUUGUGAACUAAAGUACACAGUGAAAUACUGUGAAAUGUCUGUAAACUAAAGGGGACUGACUGAUUCUUUUCAUAUAAAAAGAAGGCUGCUUGGGCUUUGCAAAGCCUGACUGAACACUUGAUUAUGAGGAUUAUUUAAACCAGAAACCAUGUGGGCAACAAGACUAGAGUACCUACAGUGUUGUACAUGGAGCUAACAGGAUAUAUUGAAGGACAUUACAAUACAAAUGAAAAUGGAGUGACUCUUGAAAAUCUCACAAAUAGAUAUGGGUUGAUGAAACAUGUUUGUUCUUGCUAAACAUGAUAUAUAUUUUUUCUUUCCUUUUGUUUAUCCUUUUUGAUAAAUAGAAUGUUUUAACGGUUUUCCAUAUUAAGUUUUUUUCCUAAUCUGGGAAGAUAUUAAUUGUAGCUUUUUAUUUCAGAGAUUUAUUAAGAUUUUAAGGAUAUAUGAUUCUGUUUUCUCCUAGCUAUCUAUUUAUUUAAAUUAACAUUUGAGAGGGUGAGGAAGGAAAGAAAGGCCAUAGGCAAAGAUUGAAAAUAAUAGACCUGCUGGUGAAUGAUAGCACACAAGAGAACAAGUGAAGGAAAGGAGACAGAACUGGCAGAGGUUGCCUCACCUUCGUUAAGCUCAGGUGACGAGUCAUGAAGAACCAACAAUAAAAAAGGAGAUGUGUAAGAUUGUUAAGAUUGCAAUAUUUAUUUAUAAAUGUGUUACUGUUUCAGAGUACACUGUAUGUUGUAGAUAAAUAAACAUGCUUCAAAGUGCUUGUGAAUAAGAUUGCAGGUCACUAGCCAACAACAUGGUGAUAUUUUGUACAUUUUACAGUGCAAAUAUGGUACACAAUACUAUCUACCAACACAAUGUGAAAGUGAUCUUAUUGGUUCUUUUUCUAAAAAUGUUCCUGUCUUUGUUUAAAAUAUUGAAUGAGUUCUUGUCUUUGUACAGGGUAGGAAUCAGUUUACCUCCAUCAUGAGAUGUAAAAGUGGAGGCAAUCCAUCUUACAUCACACUCAAAAUUGCGUGAGGAUGGUGAGUCCAAGAGAUCCAUUUCAGAAAGAAAACAAAACCAAAUGUUAGGAUGUUGGGCUAGUCCAACAGAAAACAAAGGCAAAAUCUGGACUUCGAUGUAAACAUCCAUAUUUUCAUCAUUUGUUAAACAAGACACAUGAUAAAAAUGCACUCCGCAACCCUGUAUGCAGGAUAAGCGGUUGACAAUGGAUGGAUAAAAAUGCACAUGAAAUCACAAAUCAUCUUUACUGAGUAAAUAGAGGAUUGAAAGGCCAGAGAGCUCAGAUAGACACAGAUAAGAGACCUGAGCUGACUUCAAAUGGGGGAAGUAAAUGAGCUGCACAGCCUCCACCAAAGCAAUAGAUAUUUUGACUGAUGAUGGCGACCACACCAUAUGAUCUGGACAUUAUUGUAUCUCGCCUACUCUAACGUAGCUACAACACUGCUGUGAAUUGAAAGGAUCAGUCAAACAGGUACAGGUUCCAUAGUUACGUAUGGUAGAAGUGUAGCAAUGCUCUCAGAUGAAAAAUGUUUUGACUUGCUAGAACUGUGACUUUAAUUAUACUUUAAAGUUUGUGACACCCAUUCUACCUGUCUAAAACUGUAUGGCUAUCAACUGAAAAAAAUUACUUUUAAAAUUUUGGGGGGCAUUUCAGCUUCUUUUGAUAUCAGAGAAAGACAAAUGUACUAUGUAGCCAUUGCGGAAGGACCCACAAUUUACUGACUGCUUACUAAACAACUGCUUGAACUUUGGCACAGUUCCCAAGGAUUGUUUUAAAAGCAUAAAGGUUUGAUUUCAUUAUCAUAUUUGCAGCUGUCAGAAGUUACACAGAACGCCCAGGAUAAUAAUUUGUUGCUACUAGAGAGUAGAUUUUUGUUUUAAUUCAUGCUCUUUGGCUCAACAGCAGGUGCAGAAACAAGAGCACAGUUGUGUUUUAUUUUAUUUUUCACCUUUCAGAGGCUGUUCCUCUGGUAUACAUGUAAAUGGAUACCCAAUCUUAUGUCAAUCUGUCUUCUACAGAAUUAUGUUCAUAUUUUUACCAAUUUGCAAUAGCAACUAUAAGCCAAAGUAGUGUGAUGUUAUACAGUGUAAGUAGAAGCGAGGAUGUGGAGCUAAGAGAGGCGAUUGGGCAAACAAUGUGUUCAGCGCAUUCAACAGCAUUGACUUUUCCAAUAUUCAACAUAAUGCUGCACAGAAACAUUGCAUUUAAUCUAAGUUUAGCUAAAGUUCAAUAUUCACUUCCUGUCUAUUUUUGACGCAAGCCGCGUCAAGCAACACAGAGCUCAUGAACCGGCCAGGAAGUCAGACACAGAACGGCAUAGAGAAUCGGGUUGAUUUCCAAAAUAAAAUGCCCUGUGCAGGCUCACGAUCAUACGUCAACGAUAAAUACAGUUAAAACAGACAAAAAGACAAUUUAACUACGUAGCCUAGUUAAGCAGGAUAGAAGCACAAAAAUCAGAGAUAACUGAACAAAUUAGCAAAAUCUUAACAAGUCUGAAAAAGCAGGCAGGCAAAACGCUCUUAUUCUGAAAUGCUCCAUGUGGAUCUGUAGGCUGCAGAAAGCGUAACGAAACGGGCUCACAGAGAGCUGUUAUCCAUAGUUCAAGUACACAAAAUGAAAAAUUAACAAUACGUAAGUGUAGGUAAACGCUCCGCUGCUGAAACACUUGAGUUGACGCUAGACAAAACCAAUUGCAGCCUGUGUCUGUUUGCCUGGUGCCAUUGUCCCGCGUUUUCCUCUAGUUUUGUUUGUUGUUGUAACAUGUGCACGGCCUGCGCACUCUGAUAGGUGAGUAGGAGUGUAACAGGAGGCGCAUGGUGCUUGUUAUUGCCGAGCAGAUCUGUCACACAAGGAUGACAACGGAAUUAAUCUGUAACUAAAACGAGUCAGAUGCGCUGUAUAAUUAACCUAUUUAUUCGCCAUCUUCACAAUUAGCUAAUCGUGUUCUUUCAAAUCGCAAUUUCGAUUUGAAAACAAUUAAUCGUUAUUAUUAGCCCUAAUCCAAACUUUUUUAACUAAUGCAACACAGUUUAAAAUGAACAGAAGUUUUGAGACAGAUCUGUAUAUCCUUGAACUGGAUGAUUCAGUUGUUCUUCAUGUUGACACUACAGACUUAGGCUUCGUGGUGACAAAGGAUCUGUAUUUAUGCUGCUGCCUUAUUUUUCUGAGAGAAAACAAGGAUGACUUGUUUUCAGAGGAUGGUUUUACAUUAUUAGCCACUACAGACGUCCCUUAACCAUCUUGUUUUCAGACCAAUGCAAAUAACUUCUAACUGUGGAAAUAAUAAUAUUUUUCUAAACAAUUCCUCCCAGAUGAAGCCAAUGCCCAGCCGGAGUUCAGCCAGCAAGCAAGCUGUAAAAAAAUGGGACAUCUACAGUGGCUACAUCUGACAGUGCUGAAAAAAAAUAUUACCGCUAAAAAAAAAAUACAUAUUGUUAUAUUAUGCAAACGAGCUGAGUUCAGUUUUUACAUAGUUACAGUGAGACCUACACAUGGGCCACAGUUGAAUGUGCUACAGGUAGAAGGGGUGCCAAUGGACACAAGCCCUAAGGGGUUUUUUUGUUUGUUUUAUUUGUUUUUCUUUUUGCUAUUGUCAUUGUUUAAACAUGGUUCAUGGAGGCCAAUAAAGACCCC